CUAUAUAAAACCCACAUGCGCUUCGCUUCCGAUUUUCACACUGGUAAGGAUUUCGGAGUGGAUCUUCGAAGAGUACAGAUGAUCAAGCCGCUCACCUCCUCGCCCUUGGCCGCGGCCGCGGCCGUGCUCGUCGUCGUGUCGGCGUGGGGCGCGGACGCGACGAUCGAGACCACGUGCAGGGACGCAGGGGCGGGCGACCGGCGCGUGGACGUCGCGUUCUGCGUGCGCCAGUUCUUGGCGUACGAGGGCGCGGCGGAGGCGGAUACGUGGGGCCUGGCAAAGACGGCCGUGCUCAUCGGCAUCAACCUCGCCGACGACGCCAUCUUCGACCUCACCCACGGGAAGAUCCUCCCAGAGCCCAAGGACAAGAAGGCCGAGGCGGCCAUGGACGCGUGCGUGAAGGCGUACGACAAGGUGGGCCUGGCCUUCGCGGAGGCCUCCGACGAGCUCAGAGCGCGCCGGUACGCGGCGGCCAAGGAGGAGAUGGCGAGCGUCGCGCCGCUCCUGCAGCGGUGCGACGGCGGGCUCGUCAAGGUCGGGCUCCCGUCGCCGCUGCCCAGGUACAGCGCCGACUGCCUGCAGACGACCAUCAUUGGCAUCGCCAUAACAAACCUCGUCAAGUGAUGCAUGCAUGCGUCGAACACCUGUGGUUCUUCGCGUGUGAGAAGGCUCCAGUGCUGUAUAGUCUAGAACUCUUUCUCUAUUCUCCUCUCCCGGACUGUCUUUUUUUCCACUGAAAACCUAAUAAAAAGGCGCAAUUCGUGUGCUUGGUUAGAGCCUUAGACUGCCAAUUUUGCACUCGUAAACUGAUUGUUUUCGAAAUCAUCGUAGAUCUUAAACUGCUUUAUACAGCUUUGAGGGUCACCCGAGAUACGAGUCUGUUGGAAGUUUAGUGUUCAAACCGAGCAGAAAGUAGAAAAUGGCAAGAAACAUGUUUUGAUGAUGUACAGUAGUUUAG